CGGUGUGUUACUAGGUAACAGAUAGUGUUCCUGGAGAAACUAGAUCCAUGGAGCCAUCCUAAAUAUUCCACAGAAACUGCACAAUGCCGGAAGCUGGGGAUCUGCAAAGGUGAAGACAAAGACCCUCCACAAAUGAAUGCUACAUUUCCAGACACACAGUCAGGGGACUGACCACAUGAAGUCAUGUCGGAAAGCUCCUCAGGUGUGAACACGAGCAGCAACAGCUUUUCUAAAUCCUACUCAUCACACUGCUCUGAUCUCAGUGAAACUAACACACCUUUACCAAUACUGUCAAGUAAAAGAAGAACUCUGCCGCAAAGCUGUGAUUCUGGCAUCUCAUCUCCACUGCCAUGUGAUGCGUUCAAAUAUCUAACUUGGCACAAGUUGAAAGAACACGAUGUGCAGGGGACUCAAAUUCGUUCUCCUAGAGUGAGAGAAGGGCCACCAGACGAGGAGCUUGUAAUACGAGGAGAGGCACAUUUAUCACUUGAAAGCGCACAGACCAGCGAUAAAGAGAUUUGGAGACGGAGGCUACAAGAAAACUGGGAGAAUUGUGUGAAUAUAAAUCUGUCUUAUCAGGGUCUCGGGGACCCUUACCAACAAAACAACCUUCACCGUAUUCUUCGACGACUGAUAAGAGUGGAGAGACUAUGGCUGGUUGAUAACUCAUUGAAAGAUUUGAGUGCCAUUCGAUUGCCAAGGUGUAAAGAAUUAAACUUAAGUAAAAAUCACUUUACAACCUUUAAACAACUGCCAAAGCUUCCUGCAAUUCAGCACUUAUCACUUGCAGAGAAUAAUAUUGAAGCAUUGUGUGGACUUGCAGACCUAAAGCAUUCCCCACUAGAAUCAUUGGUUCUGAAGUCAAAUCCAUGUGAGUUUCUGGAUGAUUAUAGACAAAGAGUAUUUUCUAUUUUGCCAAACUUGAAAACAUUAGACGGGAUUCCCAAGUUGUCAGAAGAUUGGUCAGUAAUAGAAGAAAGCCAUUUCUUUUCAAGCAAAUGCACAAUUUUGUAACCAUUUGAUUGCAGAGGUGCCUGACAUCUGUUCUUCAGAAAAAGUAGAUUUCACUGGUAACAAGAAUAAAUGUAUUUUCUCAAGGUGCUAAGCACAUUCUAUUUUUAUAUAAAAAUAAAUACAAAGUUAAACUA